AUGACUCUAUUCCUAUUGUUUAUUUUGUCCAUUUCAGCUUUUUCAUUCAUCUUUAGUGACUCAGGAUAAUACUAAUUGACUAAUGGAGCAGAUUUUUCAUGUCAAAAUAAUUUUUAGACAACUAGAACGAUAUCAUUCUCAGGGGCUUUUCAAAAUAUUCCUUAAGUAUUUAUGUUUUAAGAUUAUUUUGAUAUAUCUAAUGUAUAAUCAGAAUACUAAUUUUCAAUCACAUCCAUAACUUUGAAUGGUAAUGCUAUAAUUAAAUUAGAUUUUUCUUUUUUGGUCAAAUGUCCAAGAGCUGGAUUAAUAUGGAGCAUCAGAUAUGAAUGGAUUGCCUUAGAUGAUUCGAGGGUUUAAGUGAUUAAUUCAUUUAAUAUUGAUCCACCUUAGGAUAAAGUAUUAAAUCAUCAAUUACUGAAUGCCGACGCUGCAAUAAUAGGACUAACAAGUUUAGGUUAUAGUGGAAAAAUAGAAUUCUAACUAUUGGUUAUUUGUUAUAUUUAUUAUAGGUAACCUAAUUAACAAAAGACACUGUCUCAGUUGCUAUAACUUAAGUACCAGGAAUAUUCUAAAAUUUGAAAUAAAUAGGAUACCAGAUCUUAUUAGUAGCUUCAAGAGAUAUUAUAGAUCUUGGAUUAGUGAAAUUUAAAUUAGAUUAUACAAGUAAUGCAAUAAAUUUGGAAUCCAAUAAAUGGCUCAUAAUGCCAAUUCAAGGAAUGAAUUUAGAAUAUAUACAACAAAUGAGAUUUAAAGCGUAAAAAACAUUUGGAGCUUCGACAGCAACUUUUUCAUUUCUCAGUUGUAAUAAUUAUAUACAAAAAUCAAAGGGGUAGCUCAUGAUUAAUCUGAAUACACAGUUCAAAGUUUAUGGAUGUCAUAUUAACUGAUAAAAAAUUAUGCAUUAGAAUGCUUUACUUUAAGAAUCAGUUAGAAGUUAGAUAGAUCAUAAAGCAAUAGACCUACAUUUUUUGUUUAAAUAUUGCAAACAAAUUAAAUAUAUAAUGCUGUUGGAGAAUAUUCCACUAGGGUCUAUAAACCUAUUUAGAAUAUCAAUUUUGCUCUUGAAAUAAAUUGUAUUACAGGAAAACGAGUAAAAUCUAAAUUUAAUAAAUGUAAUUCUUGUUCUUCUUAUGGGAAGAAUUAUCAAUUUAAUCAUUAAUGUCACUCUCAAAUUAAUUUAAUAAGUUAUUUUCCCAAGUUCUCUUAAAUACAAUCUGUUAAUCAAGAAUUUAAAAUAAUUAUAACAGCCACUAAUUGUUUAGUAAAAUAGAUACUUUAUAAUUAAGCAAAAACAGAAUAAGAAAUCAUUAAUAUAGAAUUUUAAGAUCCAUGA